UUUUGGAAUUUGCCUUUGAUCAACUUAAGGGCGUAAAAUCGGAGUUUCCAGCAUAGAGUGAGGUAACAUAACCUGGAUUCGGAGACUUCUUUGAGCAUACGUUUUUGAUUACACGUGUCUUUCUGCCUAGAGGGGAUAAUAAAGAUAGGUCUCUGCAGCAAGAAACGGCAUAUUGUCUGGUUUCAUCAUGGAUUUCAGAAGUGCGCGACUACUGCUCUUCCUUCUACUUGUUGUGCACGUCUCGUGCCAAGAAAAUACCCCCAAGAGAAGAAACGGGAAAAAAGAAGGGGCGAAUGCGGCUGCCAUUGAGGAGCUGAGGAAACAGAUCGAUGACAUCCUGCAGGAGCUAAGCCUGCUGAAGGAACAGCAAGCCCUGCAAACAGUCUGCCUGAAGGGAACCAAGAUCCACGGCAAGUGUUUCCUGGCAGACGGCAAAAAGAAGCCGUACCACACUGCCAGCGAGGACUGCAUCGCCAAAGGGGGCGUCCUCAGUACUCCGCUGACAGGCGACGAGAACGACCAACUCUACGACUACGUGCGCAGGAGCAUCGGGCCUGAGGAACACGUGUGGCUGGGCAUCAACGACAUGUUGACAGAGGGCAGCUGGCUGGACCAGACGGGCUCCAGCGUGCGCUUCAAGAACUGGGAGACGGAGAUCACCCACCAGCCGGUCGGCGGGCGCGCCCACAACUGCGCCGUGCUCUCCACCACCGCCAAUGGGAAGUGGUUCGACGAGAAUUGCCGUGCUGAAAAGGCGUCUGUCUGUGAAUUCAACAUCGUCUAAACACUUCAAAACGUACCCCCAAUGAAAAAGUAUCAAUAAUAAUGUGAAAAAUCCUGAGGGUAAGGACUAUAUUUUUAAUACAUUGUGUACAUAUAUUGAAAAGUAUAGUUCUUAAGUCUUGGAUUUUACAUUAUAAAGCAUAGGGCUGCCACUAGUGUUACAGGUCAUCAUUUUUUAUGCUACUCAUUCUUUCUUUAGGUAGGGCAUGCAAUGACCAUGCCACUUAGCUUUAAGGAGGGAGCAUCAUAACUUUGCAGUAAGUCAGCAUCUUGUUUGCAUAGUGUGUCCACAAUACUACCAUUCAUUUAGUUGACAAGAACAGAACCAAAAACUGUUGGAACUACUCAAGUACUUGCCCUCUAUCCUAUGCUUACUUUAAUUCAUUCAUUUAUUUGAUAGGAUAGCAACAAAAUUAACACUGACAUAUUGCAGAAUACAAAUUUCAGGUGCAUGUUUUCGUUUUAUAGAUUUUGACCACGUAGCUUGCAACAUCUGUGCUGAGAUGGGCACUUAAGUUAGGAAAAAAGAGGAAAGAAAAAAAGGGUGUUCAG